AUGGCUCCGGACACUAGGAACCGACGUCUCGGUAGCUGUCGAAGCAGGUGGAGGUUCCGUCCGGACAAUCAUGAACAACCUCCUCGUGAAGCAAGAACCUCUCUGGAUCGACCAUGGGAAGACCCAGUCCUUAGCCUAGCCUCCAUUUCCGCAUCCAAAGUAUCGAAGUUUGCGCAAUUCUUCUCCAAACUACCGCUCUUCUCCUCGAACGCCGACUGGUUGAUGCACGCCUCCAUCAUCGAAGGAUAUCUCUUCUACCCACAGCUCAAGCGUGGCAGACUAGACAUGUUUCCACGAACAGACAUGGCGAAAGAUGAGUACCUGGAGUAUACCCCGUCGACGUGGACAUUGUCGAACAACCACCAGCCCAGCCCGAUGGAUGCGAGGUUUCUGUGGUCAGGGCGGGUGAGGACCGUGCGGGGGCUGUUUGUUGAUGUGGCGGAUUUGUAUGGGCAGAUUCAUGUGGCGAGGGAUAUUGCCAGUCGGAUGCGACGGCGUGCAUGA